CAAAUAUUUUGUGAAUAAAUGAUUUAAAAUGAAAUAGCAGAAUGCAUUUUAAAAAUGACAACUUAUCUUGAUUUGAAUGGUUAUAAGAAAUUCUAGCUUUUCUAAGCUUAGCCUAAUUAUUUUGAUUUGAAUUACGAGGAAAGAAGAGAUUUAUUGUAGGCUCCAUCUGUAGAUUACUUAUGCAAAUCUAUCGUAAUGGAGAAUACUAAAUACGAUGAUUCAUAUCCAGAUCCUGAAGUCAACCCUAAAUACAUAUGUGUUGUAGUCCAAUACAUCACAAAAUUAUAAGGGGAAAAGGUUUGAUAUUUAAGAAUAUUAUUAGAUAAAUAAAUAUUUUAAAUAGUUAUAGAAUUAGAAAUACCCUGAUAAAUAAAUUUCUAGAAAUAAAUUGCAUUUCAGAUUAACAUCCGAUGAAGUAAAAGAUUUGUUCAUUAUAUUAGAUGUCAUAUAAAUUAAGUGGGUAUUAAUUUAAUGCAAUAACACCUUUUAAUAUGGUAUAAAACAUGCCUCUAUUAAUUUCUGAUAAAAUACUAAACUUAGAAUAUAUAUGGUUUGGAGGUGGACAUACCGAUGUUAAAUUGAGAAUGGAUGUAAAAGAAAUGUGCACUAAAUAUCCAAAUAAAGUUUAUUAUUCAGACAUUAUUAUGCCAUAACAAGAAUGAUAAAACCUAAAUAUUUUAAUAUUUGAUAAUU